AUGGCGGAGCUUCAUCUUGACAUCACCUUCGAUGAGGACAAUCGCAUCCGCGUCAUGCCCAAGGAGAAGCUCAAGCAGACAGAGCAGCUGGAGGCCGAGUGCCAGGGCUUCGCGGAGAAGAUCGGCGCCUUCAGCGGCACUGUGGACAUGCUCGUGGAGGUCCUGGAUGGCGAAGCUGCGAAGAUCGAGGAGGAGAAGAUGCGGGCCAUCGGGCAGAUUGUGUGCGGGCACUACAUGCCCCGCACCGACGGCCCAGUGACCUUCCUGGGCACGCUGAGUUGCCGCUCCUUUGUGGCGGUGGACGUUUUCGUGGUGAUGAGCGGCUUCGUGACCCACCUGGCCUAUGGGCACCGCCUGGCGACCUGGAGCCUGAGGCGUUUCUACCUGCGGCGCAUGGGGCAGAUCGUGGUCACCACCUGGGUGGCCAUGCUGACCAGCAUCGUGGUGGUCUUGGUGGUGCCGGAGUACCGCCGCUUUUCGCCCGGCGGCUUGGAGCUCGCCGCGUGCCUGGGGUUCCUGCGGCACUGGGCGCGGCCCGGGGCCUGGUGCCCGGCCCCGCCCAGCUGGACCGUUGAGGCGCUGAUCCCCUGCUGGCUGCUUUACCCCUUCCUGGCGCAGCUGGCGGAGAAGAUCCAGGCGAGGCGCUUGACAGCCUGCUUCAUGGUCUUGCUCUACUUGGCCUCCUUUGGGCCCAUGCUGUGUCUGUACUGGGCGCAGGGCGGAACCGUCAGCUGGGCCCAGUUCAGCACCUCCUUCAUGUGGCCCCCGGCGCAGGUUGCGGACUUCGGCCUUGGGGUGCUGGCGGCGGAGCUGGGCAAAGGAGAGCACGACUUCCGACUCUGGAAGGCCUUGAUAGCAGACCUGGCAUUUGCGGCCUCUGCAGCGGCGGUGAUGCUGCUGCCUGUGCCAGGCACUCACGCGGAGUGCCAGGAGGACCACAACGCCUUGCUCAGCCACGGCUGCUCUUUGGCCAUCGCCGUCUUCAUCUACGGCUCCCAGCACGGCAGCUGCGUGGCGCAUUUGCUGAGCCAUCCCGCGCUCGUGGCGCUCGGCAAGUACAGCUUCGAGGUGUACCUGUUCCAGUGGCCUUUGCAAGCUGUCCUUCGCCAGCUCCUGGGUCAGUGGCCCUUUGAGCCGGACGUCUUCAUGGGCUUCCUGCUGCUCCUGUGGCUGCUGGCCGGGCUCUACGUAGAAUAUGUGGCCCCCACCACCUGCAUCCGCGCGCUGGAGUGA